AUGAUUUACCAACAGAUUUUAGUGCUCUCUAUUUGGUAUCAUCUAAAAACAAAUCAGGUUAUCGCUUCCCCCGAUAUAGCCUCUCUUCCUACCAUAGUCGAGGCCCAUAAUUAUGGAGCUUUCUUCGUCAAGGAGACUCCUCUCCUCAACGGUUUUACCAAAUAUAGACACACGAUAGCUAUCGAAGAUCCUGUCUUGCCCCAUCAAACUUUACGGCGUCAAGCUUGCGAGACUCCCGAGGACAGACUGCUUCACUGUGAGAGCAAUAAUAAACUUAUAGGGGAGGUCGACUAUGAAAACAAUGCCCGCCUAACCCGCAUUGGCGAAGAACGACAACGUGCCAUGUCUGCUAUUCCUAACAACGAUAUUAGUGAUAGCUCACGGACAAUUCGUUCGCGCCGUUCCAUUCGCUCGACAUGGCCACCGUAUACAGAAAAGGCCAGAAAAUAUGCUUCCGCCCAAACAAUAGCACAACACAAGAGAUGGUACGUCGUUAAACGUGGUAACGUGAGCGUUGUAGAAGUGCUACCCAAUCAUCACCGCGAGCGCAGAAGUGUGACCGCAGGACCUCGAUACUGCAAAAAACUUAAAGAAGGAAACGCAGACGACGAGGAUGGCGGUUUUCUACAAACUCUAGGUAGAGCCUGGAAUGAUCUUUGGGGUCAACCCACCUGGAGCGAUUUAAGAGCGACCGACAGGCACAUUUGUCAACUAGCCGACGUUAUUAGCGACAUAAAGGAUGAAGUUGUGGCUCAGACUAAUCGACUUGGUAGUAUGAGUAAGGCAGUAAACAAGCGGGCCGAUGACAUAGAAUCUGGAGUUGCCCGCACACACCAACUGGCCGAACAGACCAUUCAGCAUUUAAAUGAGCUGGGUAGGUCUAUUGCAAACAGGACCGAGACAAAUGAACAACGCAUGACUCGUAUUGAAAAAAGCCAAGAACUGACUUUGGCCAUCCGGUCCCACCUGACUAACCUUCGGACACAACUGGUUGAUUAUGAAGAACACAUUAACAAUUACAUAGCUGGGAUUAAUGUCCUUUUAACCGGUCGUUUACCUAUACAAUUAGUGUCCUUUAGUGAUGUCAGGAAAAUAUUAGAUCACGUCAUCCACAAUGUGCUUCCCGAGACAAAUAUGCGCAUAGUACACAAUAAUCCGGGUUUCUACUUUAUGACAGAAAACAUCGUUUUCACUCGGUCUGAAAAACUCAGGACCACAUACAUCACCAUUACCAUACCUAUAUUUGAUCAGGGUGGUCUUCUUGGGGUUUACCGAGUCGUCCCCCUUUCAAUUCCGACGAAGCACACCAGUGUGGCGACCACCCACAUUGCAGAUCUCCCAGAUUACCUUGCAGUGACUGCAUAUAGAGGACAAGGAUUUUUCACUGAAAUGAGCGCCGUCGAACUAGCUUCUUGUCGGGGUGAUAAAGUCCGCACAUGUCACACAGAACGAUCUUUACAGGAUUUUGACACCCCAACCUGUGCUGCUGCCUUGUUUAAAGACAUGCCUGCCAAAACCGUAUUGGAACUUUGUGAUUUCCGAUAUAAUAAAUACGCACGACCGAGCGAAGUUAUUCAAUUACCGGAUUCCGAGUUUUUAGUACUAGCCCCCCAAGCCGCCAACAUGACGGAAAGUGAUUGGCUAAUGCGUGGUCCACCUCCGCGAUCUAGGGAAAUUAAAGUCAAAGCUUCCACAAUAACUUUCCUAAAACCUCCCUGUGGAUUUGAUGUGGAUGCUCCCGGUAUAUUUUAUAUACCGCCUCAGUGGAGCAACUGCGAAGACGACGAAUAUACUCAAGUCGUGCAAUCGUUCCCUAUAAACAAACCUAUGGCUCAUCUCACCCUGGAUCCCCAGCAAAUAAUUGAUGAGAUCUCCGCUAGCACGCGCAUACAAGACGUAUGGGAUUAUGACGAUCACAUUCCCGACCUCGAGCUCAUUUCUGGGGAAUGGGAAAAGUCCGUUGACGAUUCUCGCCAACAAUCUGCUAACCUCAAAAGGCUGAUUGAGCUGAAUAAUAAUAAAACCGAGGCUUUUGCCACUCGGACCGAUGAGGCUCUCCGCGCCGCUACCGACUUCCAUGACCUGAACCUCGCUCACACAAAUGACUUGAUUAAGAAAUUUGGCAAUUUAGCGUGGCUGCGCUCCCUGACUAAAGGCAACACUGCAGCUGGUGUCGGAAUCAUCACCUUUUUUUCAGCUACUAGUCUCAUCAUGAGUAUUAUCGUAUGCUGGUGCAAUCACCGCUAG